UAGUUCAUAUUACAUGCCUAAUCUGUAUUUUCUCUUCAUCAAAUUUUGGCAAACCAGGCGUUAAUUUCAUGGCCCCACGAAAGAGACUCAGAGAACUCAUAGGCAUUCUCAAAGACAAAGCUUCAUUGAUCAAAGCAACACUAUCAACCAAACGCACGGCCUGUUCAAUUCACGUUGCCGUCCUCCGUGCCACCACCCACGCCUCCACUGCGCCACCACCGGAGCACCGCAUCGCCGCCGUUCUCUCCCAUGGUCACAGCUCUCGGCCCACUGCAUGUGCGUGCAUCGAAGCGAUCAUGGACCGUCUCCACAACACAAGCAAUGCUUUUGUAGCCAUGAAAUGUCUCAUGAUCCUCCAUAACAUCAUCACAAGAGGCUCCUUCAUCCUCAAAGACCAGCUCUCCUUCUACCCCACCGCCGGCGGCCGGAACUUUCUUAAUCUUUCGAGGUUUCGAGACAAAAAUGAUGUUGUGACUUGGGAAUUUUCAUGGUGGGUGAGAUGGUAUGCCGGUGUUUUGGAACGUAAUCUAAUGAUUACUAGGGUUUUGGGUUCUUAUUUUUCGGUUUCUUCGUCUGUAAAAAUUGAUUUAGAUAAAGUGAAAGACAGUUUAUCAUCUUUGUUGAACUCCGAUUUGUUGAGAGAGCUAGACUCUUUGGUGGGUAUGGUUGAAGAGAUAUGCAGAGCACCAGAGUCUUUGAAUUAUCAACAGAACGCUUUGGUGUAUGAGAUCAUGAGACUGGUGAGUGAAGAUUACCGUUCGACUCAGUACCAGAUCAUGAUCAGACUCAGUGAGUUCGGUGACCGGAUUGACGGUUUGAGCUCGAGUGAAUCGGCCGAGUUGAAUUGUUGCUUGAAAAGAUUAUUGGAUUCUAAAGAGAAAUUGGUGGGUUUGUUUGCAAAUAAGAAAAGGAACGAUGCGUUUUGGGAUUUGAUAAACCACACAAAGAUGCAGAUUCAGAAGCUGGAGGAGGAGAGAGAAAGAGGGAGGAUGUUGCUGGGGAUGGCAAGGAAAGAUGGGAUAAGCGAGUCAACUCGGUUUGGAGAACGAGUUAUUGGACCGAGUCAAUUUGACAGUUUGUUGACAUAUGGAAGAAAUCGGUUAGGCGAGGACCGAGUUCAUCCAACUGUCCGAAUGGCAAUGUCGUGAGUUACAAUGAGCCAAUCUUGUUUCUUCAUCCUCCUUUUGCUAGGGUUUUUUUCGCUUUCAUUGACCUUCUUUGUUAGUGUGUUUUCGAUUAAUAUUAUUUGGAGUUACAUUAUUAUUUUUAGAUUAAUAAUGAAUCUCAUAUUCAUUGUAAAAACAACGACAAUAAUUGAAUAAAUUAAAUACAAG